UCCAAUACUCAAGCCUAUAGAUUAGUUCUUGACAUAACUGAUAAGAUCAAAAGCCGUAAUAAGAAAAUACGCAUAGCUGAUGCUUCCCCUGCUGGUUGGGGAACCGUUAGGGAAUACGAAUCCAAUGCCGUGGCUUCAGAUUCUGAAGAUGAGAGAAAGAUACGACAAGCUGAGACCAGAGCUAUCCGUACCUCCAAGGAGAAGUCAAAAUCUCGCCAGCAACCUUACCCAAAAAAUCCGCCUCGUCAACAACCUGCGGAAUCUUAUGGUAACCCUGCUUACGCUCAGCAUUAUCAACGUAAUCAGCAACAGCCCUUUCGUGGGAGCUUCGCAAGGCGUGAGCCUUGCUCAAUCGACACGUGCCACUACUGCAAGCAACAAGGCCACUGGAGAAAAAACUGUCCUCUUCUCGCCAGUCUCAGGUCAUCCAACAGCAACUCCACAACCUACCAGAAGUAGUAAAGUAGGGCCUGAACGUCACUCUCCAGUCAUUGUGAAUGAUAAGUAUUUAGACACUAUUAAUGACCAAUUUUCUACAUGUUUUGUUGAUAACGAUUAUAUAGAAUCUUUUUUAGAUCAAGUUCAAUAUUUUGAAAAUUGUCAGUCAUAUGAUAAAUUUAAAGGGGUGAAAGGUAGAUUAGCUUGUCAUGUAAAGUAUUGGGAAAAUAUAGGUGCUUGUCCUUUUGUGCUUGAUACAAUAAAAAAUGGUUAUGUUAUUCCAUUUAUAGAUACACCUUUUAAAAUGUACCACAGAAAUAAUAGAUCAGCACGGCAGAAUACUGAAUUUGUCACAAAGUCAAUUGAAGAUUUAGUUCAAAUAGGUUGCGUAAUUAAAGUGCCUUUUCAACCAUAUGUGGUAAAUCCAUUGAGUGUUGCUACUCAAAAGUCCGAUAUUUUUUCAGUAGGACAUUGGUCAGACUUUAAUUCACAAGUUGCCUCUAAUAAUGAUCUCAGCAGUUUGUUCAAACAGUUACCAGAAUUCCUUCUUUCGUCCAAGGCUGCGAGUACUCAGAAGAAAUAUAGAUAUGCCUUCAAUUCAUGGUAUUGUGUUUAUAUGUGAUGGCAGCGGUCGAUGACAGCAAAUUGGACAUUUGUUUAUUGUUUAUAAUAAAAAUAAGCUUUCUGUGCUGUCGGGGCGAGCUGAUAACCAAAAACUGUGUUGAGUUUUUACUUUGUAAAUGCUUUAUGUUCGUUUGAAGUAUUGAAUAAGAACAUAAUUGUAU